CAACAGUUCGAUCACCGUUCCCAGGGGCGACGGAAGCCCGCCUGAAAGAGGAGGAGGAGGAGGAGGAAGCCAGCGACGCCGUGCGACGCCGGCCAUGGCGAGCCCCGGGAAGCUGCAGACCUCGAGCUCCGAGCUGGACCUGGAUCGCCCCAACAUCGAGGAUUACCUCCCUUCCGGAUCCUCCAUCCACGAGCCUCGCGGCGAGUUCCGCCUGCGCGAUUUGGUCGAUGUCACGCCGACUCUGACCGAGGCCGCCGGUGCUAUUGUCGAUGAUUCCUUCACGCGGUGUUUCAAGUCGAAUUCGCCGGAGCCGUGGAACUGGAACGUAUAUCUCUUCCCGCUGUGGUGCUUCGGGGUGUUGGUUCGGUACUUGAUCCUGUUCCCUGCGAGGGUUUUAGUAUUGACAAUUGGAUGGAUAAUAUUCCUCUCAUCGUUUGCCCUUGUUCACUUUAUGCUUAAAGGGCAAGAUGCACUGAGAAAGAAGCUGGAGAGGUUGCUGGUGGAGUUAAUUUGCUGCUUCUUUGUCGCUUCAUGGACUGGGGUGGUCAAAUACCAUGGGCCACGGCCAAGCAUUCGGCCCAAACAGGUUUUUGUUGCCAACCACACUUCCAUGAUUGACUUCAUCGUCUUGGAGCAAAUGACUGCCUUUGCCGUUAUUAUGCAGAAGCAUCCUGGAUGGGUUGGACUACUGCAAAGCACUAUUUUGGAGAGCGUAGGAUGCAUCUGGUUUAAUCGUUCUGAGGCCAAAGAUCGUGAAAUUGUGGCGAAAAAGUUGAGAGAUCACGUACAGGGAACUGAUAACAACCCUCUUCUCAUAUUUCCUGAAGGGACUUGUGUGAACAAUCACUAUACUGUCAUGUUCAAAAAGGGUGCAUUUGAGCUCGGGUGCACUGUUUGCCCUAUCGCAAUCAAGUACAAUAAGAUCUUUGUGGAUGCCUUUUGGAACAGCAGGAAACAAUCUUUCACAAUGCAUCUGCUGCAGCUUAUGACAUCUUGGGCUGUUGUUUGUGAUGUCUGGUACUUGGAACCCCAAACCCUGAAACCCGGUGAAACACCAAUUGAGUUUGCAGAGAGGGUCCGGGACAUCAUAUCUGUGCGAGCUGGUUUGAAGAAGGUUCCUUGGGAUGGAUAUCUGAAGUACUCACGCCCUAGCCCCAAGCAUAGAGAAGGGAAGCAGCGAAGCUUUGCUGAGUUGGUGCUGCAGCGACUUGAGGAGAAGUGAAGAAUUUUCUCGUUCAUUUCAGCAGGUUGUACUCCUGCUCUAAAGCAUUCUUUAAUGCCUUAGAUCUGAUUACCUGAUCAAAUAGAUGCUUCACCAGUUUUAACUUAGUAGGCAUAAUUUUCCAAAGUAA